AUGGGACGUCUACAAGUCGCUAUUGAUCGAGGUGGAACAUUUACUGAUGUUGUAGCUCGUACAUCAGAUGGUAAAAUUGUUACAAUGAAAUUAUUAUCUGAAGAUCCAGGAAAAUAUAAAGAUGCACCAACAGAAGCAAUACGUCGAUUAAUAAAACAAGAUUGUUUUCCACUUAAUCCAACUGAUAUUGAUUGGAUUCGUAUGGGUACAACAGUAGCAACAAAUGCAUUACUUGAACGAAAAGGUGAACGUGUUGCAUUACUUGUAACAAAUGGUUUUCGUGAUUUACUUCAUAUUGGAAAUCAAUCACGACCUAAAUUAUUUGAUUUAGCAGUUCGUAUACCUAAUGUUAUUUAUGAAGAAGUAAUUGAAGUACAUGAAAGAGUUGUACUUUCUCGUGAUGAUUGUAAAUUAACUGAUGAAAUACGAGGAGAAAUUCAACAAAAAACAACAACAACAGGAGAAAAGAUUGAAAUCUGGAAAGCAGUUGAUGAAGAACAAUUACGUAAAGAUUUAAUUAAAAUUAAAGAAAAAGGUAUUUUAUCAAUAGCUGUAGCACUUCUUCAUUCAUAUUGUUUUCCCGAUCAUGAAUUACAUGUUGGUGAAAUAGCACGUGAUAUGGGUUUUACAAAUAUAUCUCUAUCACAUCAAAUAAUUGCCAUGCAAAAAUAUGUACCAAGAGCUCAUACAGCUUGUACUGAUGCUUAUUUAACUCCAUGUUUAAAACGAUAUAUUGAUACAUUUACAAAUGCAUUUGAAAAAGAUAAACUUAAUGAACUUAAUGUUCUAUUCAUGCAAUCAGACGGUGGUUUAACACCAGUUGAGAAAUUUUCUGGAUCACGUGCUAUUCUUUCUGGACCUGCAGGUAGUUUAGUCGUUUUUUUUUCGUAUUUAAAUAUUAAUUGUUUAUUUAAAAAAAAACCAAAACCAAUAGGUGGUGUGAUUGGAUAUUCAGUAACAAGUUAUAUAGAUUCACAACCAGUUAUUGGUUUUGAUAUGGGUGGAACAUCAACAGAUGUUAGUCGAUUUGAUGGUUCACUUGAACAUGUACUUGAAAGUACAAUUGCAUCUGUAACUAUUCAAGCACCACAAUUAGAUAUUAAUACAGUAGCUGCUGGUGGUGGAAGUACAUUAAGCUUUCGUUCAGGUCUAUUUCGAGUUGGUCCAGAGUCAGCAGGUGCACAACCUGGUCCAGCAUGUUAUAAAAAAGGUGGACCAUUAACUGUUACUGAUGCCAAUUUAAUCUUAGGUCGUUUAAUAGCAGAACAUUUUCCAGCAUUAUUUGGCCCAAAUGGAAAUGAACCAUUAGAUUCUGAAGCAUCAUUAACUAAAUUUAAAGAAUUAGCGACAACAAUAAAUUCAUUUUUGAAAGAAAAUCAAAAGAAAACAUUAAGUAUUGAAGAAAUAGCUUUGGGUUUUAUUCAUGUUGCUAAUGAAAGUAUGAGUCGUCCUAUUCGAGCAUUAACUGAAGGAAAAGGCUUUGAUAUUCGUGAUCAUGUUUUAGCAUGUUUUGGUGGUGCUGGUGGUCAACAUGCUUGUGCAAUUGCACGUGCUUUAGGCAUGAAAACUGUGUAUAUUACUCGUUUUGCUGGUGUUCUUUCAGCUUUGGGUUUAGCAUUAGCUGAUGUUGUUCAUGAAAUGCAAGAACCAUCUGGAAGAAUAAUCAAUGUUGAUAAUUGGUCAAAUAUUCUCGAUCGAUUAAAAUAUCUUUCAACAUAUGGAACAGAUGAACUUGUUCAACAAGGAUAUGAUCGGAAAUCUAUUAUUGUAGAAAAAUAUUUAAAUCUACGAUAUGAAGGAACGGAUUGUGCACUUAUGUGUACAAGCAAUGAAGAUAAAGCUGAAUCAUUUACUGAUGUUUUUCUUAAAAAAUAUAAAGAACAAUUUGGUUUUAUUAUUCCGGAUCGUCCAAUUAUUGUUGAUGAUAUUCGAAUUCGUGCAUUAGCAAAAUCAGCAAUGAAUAUUAAUCGAAAAAUUGAUAAUCGAUCAAAAGAUAAACCUUUCAAAGAAUUAAAAAAAGUAAAAUGUUAUUUCGAACAAGGCUUUGUUGAAACACCUGUUUAUCUUAUUGAAGAAUUAUAUGCUAAUGAUCAUAUAUCCGGUCCAGCAAUUAUUAUUGAUCCUAGUUGUACCAUAGUUGUUGAAUCAAAUUGCGAAGCUACAGUAACAGAUUGUGGUGAUAUUCGUAUAGCAAUUAAACAUGUUAAGGAGGAUACUGAUUCGACUGAACUUGAUCUUAUUAGACUAUCAAUAUUUCAAAAUCGUUUUAUGAGUAUUGCAGAACAAUGUGGUCGUGUUCUUCAAUUAACUGCUAUUUCGACAAAUAUCAAAGAACGUUUAGAUUUUAGUUGUGCUGUCUUUGGACCUGAUGGUGGUUUAGUUGCCAAUGCUCCUCAUAUACCAGUACAUCUAGGAGCUAUGCAAGAAGCCGUACAAUAUCAAAUGCGUACUAUCGGUAAAGAUCUUCGUGAUGGAGAUGUAAUUUUGAGUAAUCAUCCAUCAGCUGGAGGAAGUCAUUUACCAGAUUUAACUGUUAUUACACCAGUAUUUCAUGAAUGUGAUAAAGAGAAGCCAGUAUUUUUCGUUGCAAGUCGUGGUCAUCAUGCUGAUAUUGGUGGUUUAACUCCGGGUUCGAUGCCUCCGAAUUCAACAUCUUUACUUCAAGAAGGUGCACAAUUUCUUUCAUUUAAAAUUGUUGAACAAGGUCAAUUUAAAGAAAAAGAACUUAUCGAACAUUUAAAUGAACCAGGAAAACAAGAAAAUUGUUCAGGAACUCGUACAUUAAUGCAUAAUAUCGCUGAUUUAAAAGCACAAAUAGCUGCUAACUUAAAAGGUGUUAAAUUAGUUCAAGAAUUAAUUGACAUUUAUAGUCUUAAAUUAGUUCAAGCUUAUAUGGGAUAUAUUCAAGAUAAUGCUGAAACAGCUGUGAAAGAUUUACUUAAAACUGUGGUACAUUCUUUAUCUGAAAAAGAGAAUAAAAAUAAAGAUAAAAUGAAAUUACAAGCUGUUGAUUAUAUGGAUGAUGGAUCAAGAAUUUGUUUAUGUAUUGAUAUCAAUGGACAAGAAUCUAAAGCUAAAUUUGAUUUUACGGGUACAAGUGAACAAGUAUGGUAUAAUUGGAAUGCACCACGAUCAAUUACUUAUUCAGCUAUUAUUUAUUGUCUUCGAGCUAUGAUUGCUCAUGAAAUACCAUUAAAUCAAGGAUGUAUGAGGCCUAUUGAAGUUGUUCUUCCAUCAGGUUCACUUCUUGAUCCGCAUAAAGAUGCUGCAGUCGUCGGUGGAAAUGUUUUAACUAGUCAACGUUUAGUCGAUGUUAUUCUUCGUGCAUUUGGUGCUUGUGCUGCAUCACAAGGUUGUAUGAAUAAUAUCACUUGGGGUGAUAAUAAAGCAACUAGUUAUUAUGAAACAAUUGCUGGCGGAGCUGGUGCUGGACCCAACUGGCAUGGACGUUCAGGUGUUCAUACACAUAUGACUAAUACUCGAAUAACUGAUCCUGAAAUUCUUGAAAAACGUUUUCCUGUUGUUUUACAAAAAUUUUGUCUUCGUCCAUUAUCUGGUGGUCACGGAAAAUUUCAUGGUGGUGAUGGUGUUGAUCGACGAAUAUUAUUUCGUCGUUCCAUGACAUUAUCAAUAUUAACUGAACGACGUGUACAUCAACCUUAUGGAUUACAUGGUGGUGAAAAUGGUCAAUGUGGAAAGAAUUUAUUAAAACGUAUUGAUGGACGAUUAAUAAAUUUAGGUGGAAAAUGUUCAGUAUCAAUGCAACCUGGUGAUACAUUUAUUGUACUUACACCUGGUGGUGGCGGUUAUGGAAAAGUCAAUGAUGAUGAAGAAAAUAAUUCUACACAAACAGAAUUUCAAUCAUUUGUUGAACGUGGAAGUUUAUUUGAUUAUAAACUUGCUCAAGAAGGAGUUUAA